GGGCACACCGGAAGCCAUAGUUUUCUUUAUCCCCCCCACCCGUUGUUUGGUAGAUGCCGGAAGAGAAGGCCCCGGCUAACGGCGAGGGUCCAAGAUGGCGGAGGUGGAGGAAGUGACCGAGGGGUGUCGCCUCCCCGUGCUGCGCCGUAACCAGGAAAACGAGGACGAGUGGCCACUGGCUGAAAUACUUAGUGUCAAGGACAUCAGCGGCCGAAAACUUUUCUACGUUCACUACAUUGACUUUAACAAGCGUCUGGAUGAAUGGGUGACUCAUGACCGGCUGGAUUUGAAGAAGAUACAGUUCCCCAAAAAGGAAGCGAAGACACCCACCAAGAAUGGGCUGCCUGGAUCACGGCCCAGCUCUCCGGAACGUGACGUGAGGAAGACCUUGGAUCUGUCUCUACAGCCAGCCGCAACUCCAUCCAGCGGUAAAACCCUUCCCAUUCCGGUGCAGAUAACCCUCCGUUUUAACCUACCUAAAGAGAGGGAGGCCGUCCCCGGCUCGCCCGACCAACCCCUCUCCUCCAGCUCCUGCGUCCAGCCAAACCAUCGCUCAACGAAGAGGAAAGUAGAAGUAGUUUCUCCAGCAACCCCCAUCCCCACCCCAACCGAGACAACACAAGCAUCGGUGUUCCCCCAGAAUGGCUCCGCACGUCGAGCGGUGGCUGCCCAGCCUGGCAGGAAGAGGAAAUCCAAUUGCCUUGGCACUGAUGAGGUAAGUGCCAGGGCUUGGGGUAAUGCCUGCCAGCCUGCUUCCCAGGGGGGCACCAGCCUGGAAGAAGGAAUAUGUGGCUCUUCCUCGUUCAUCCAGAAUCUCCCGCCUCCCCCCGGUUUUUGUGAGCAGGACUCCCAGGACAGCUCAGACGGCAUCCCCUCAGCCCCACGCAUGACAGGCAGUCUGGUCUCGGACCGUAGCCACGACGACAUCAUCACGCGCAUGAAAAACAUUGAGUGCAUUGAACUGGGGCGGCACCGCCUGAAGCCUUGGUACUUCUCGCCCUACCCACAGGAGCUCACCACCCUCCCCGUCCUCUACCUCUGCGAGUUUUGCCUUAAGUACGUCAAGAGCCUCAAAUGUCUCCAGAGGCACCUGACAAAGUGUGACUUGAGGCAUCCGCCAGGGAACGAAAUCUACCGCAAGGGGACGAUCUCCUUCUUUGAGAUCGAUGGGCGGAAGAACAAGAGCUACUCACAAAACCUCUGCCUCCUGGCUAAGUGCUUCCUGGACCACAAGACACUCUAUUAUGACACAGAUCCCUUCCUCUUCUACGUAAUGACAGAGUACGACAGCAAAGGCUUCCACAUUGUCGGCUACUUCUCCAAGGAGAAGGAAUCUACGGAGGACUACAACGUGGCCUGUAUCCUGACCCUGCCCCCUUACCAGAGACGGGGCUACGGAAAGUUGCUGAUUGAAUUCAGCUACGAGCUCUCCAAGGUGGAAGGGAAGACGGGCACGCCAGAGAAGCCUCUCUCGGACCUGGGGCUCCUGUCCUACCGCAGCUACUGGUCCCAGACCAUCCUCGAGAUCCUCAUGAACCUCAAAUCGGAGACCGGAGAGCGUCCGCAGAUCACUAUCAAUGAGAUCAGCGAAAUCACAAGCAUCAAGAAGGAGGAUGUCAUCUCGACACUGCAAUACCUCAACCUCAUCAACUACUACAAGGGCCAGUAUAUCCUGACGCUCUCCGAGGACAUCGUGGAUGGACAUGAGCGUGCCAUGCUGAAGCGAAUCCUUCGCAUUGACUCAAAGUGUCUGCACUUCACCCCAAAGGACUGGAGCAAAAGAGGAAAGUGGUGA